GUCGGGGGUUAGUAUAUGAGGCCAGUUCGAAGUAAUUCUCGUGAUGGAUUUAACUAUACUGUGUGGUCAGGGUGAACUCUUACCUUGUGACCCAGAAUGUUUGCUAAUAUAUUGCUAUAUAAAACUGAAAGGUGCCCCCAUUAACUUGAAAAUGCAGUCACCAGUAGAUGGUAAUGCCAGUGGUUAUCCAAUUCUCUGUCACGACAGCAAAAAUUACAGUGGAAUCCCGGUUAUUCUCACUUAUCUCAGGAAAGAAGUAAGUUCACUGGCCUUUUUUGUUGUUUCUAGAACUUCUGACUUUGAAUUUCCAAAACUCCUUUGAAUACUUUACUGAUAACAGUCUGAGAAUGCACCUGUAUUCUAUAGUCUAAGUGGGUAAUUUUGAUUGGCAAAGACUUGGGUUAAAGGGGUUACAACUCUACACAAUUAACUCAUAUUGGCCGCUUUUUCCCCAUGUCCUGAAAAAUUUUUUAUUGUCCCUAUUUUUCCCAGUUUACCUACUUUUUCAACGAGCACUUUACCCAUGUUACAACGGAGAACAACCCACUUUACCCAAUUCCAAACGGAAAACUGCCCACGUUUUUACCCACAUAUCCCAGGUCAAAAAAAUUCACCGACUGAUUUAGUGUUACUGUAACCAUGACUCGAAGUUUGAUUUCAUAUGGUCUCCUCCAACACUUACGAUAUAAUUAUGGUUUAGAAUAUGAAUUAUCCGAUACGGAAGGUGUUAAACUAUGCGCUCUUAUCUCAGCUAUUGAGCGUCGACUAGCACCUGCUGUCAAUUGGUUUCUAUGGGCAGAUGAUUGUGUUUAUACAAAAUUCACGAGAAGAAUGUAUUUUGAAUCAAUUGGUUUCAUGCGCCAACUAUAUAUACCACAUAUAUGGCGUAAUGAGAAAAUAAAAAGGGCGAAAUCUUCUCAGUUAGUUAUUUGCCUUAAGAAUAUGUCUGAAUUAGAAAUUGGAGAGCAUUUAUAUUCUUUGGCCAAAAUUUGUUUUACAUCACUUUCGUAUGUUUUAAAUGAGAAUACUUAUUUUGUGGGAAAUAGACCAACUGCUGUAGAUGCUUAUGUAUUUGCAUUUCUUUGGCCAUUACUUCUCUAUGAAUCUGAGCAUGGUGAUUCGAAUUGGUGGGAUAUUGAUUAUACUAAGGUGCCGUCAUCCGUAGCAUCGUUAUCGUCAUCAUCAUCAUCUGCACAUGUACAAUCAAGUACACAUCAAUUAAUUACACAUUUGCUGCAAUGCCCUAAUUUAAUUCGUUAUUUUAAGCAUAUAUUGGUGAAAUAUUUUCCGAAACAAGUUAAAUACUUUAAAAAAGAUAAGUCUUCUCUUGUAGACAAAUCGACUUUAUCACAUCCAGUGCGGGAUUGUAUUCUCUGGGGUACAGGUGUAGCCGGUCUAUUUCUCACUUAUGCGUAUUAUUCAAAUAAUUUAAAAAUUCUGCAAAGAUUUCGAUCAACAUGAUGAUUGAUGAGUCAGUGAUCUCAGUUAGUUCGGUGUGUAGUUCAACUCAGCUCAGCUCAGCUCAACUCAACUCAACUGAACUCAUGUCAGGCAUAAUUUUAUGAUCCAUGACGAGAAUAUAUUCUUCUUCGUUUUGACCGUGAAAAAUCCUGUUAAUUAUAAUCUCACUUUUCAAUUCAUGCGCAUAAUCAGAGAUGACAAAAGGAAGUAUUAGAAUUUAGCAUAAUUUUUGUAAAUAUAUAGAAUUACCUGUAUUUUUAGUGUCUGUAAUUUUACUUGUUAACAGAG